AGGAAGGAGAAUGAGGAAGUGGUGAGCAGGACUGGACUUGGAGAUGUAACUACCGAUGCAGCAGCAGCAGCUGUCAGGACCUUACUAGCUAGGCAGCUAGAUAAUAAUAGUAAUAUUUGACAAUGCGAUGGGUAACUGCUGGGCAUUCUGUGUUGGGCUCUUCAGGAGAGAAGCCAACAGGAUCCAGAGAGGAGGCGGGUCAAAAUACUUCCGAAGCAGCACCACAGGAGAACAUUAUACAAUCGAGUUUGAAAAUCUGGUAGAAAGUGAUGAGGCCGAGAGCCCACAGCCCUGCCCGAGGCCAAUCAGUGAAGAUGAGAUCAAACACCUCAAAGAGCACCGCUACACUGCGCUCUCAGACAGGCAGCUCCUGAUCGACCAGAAGAUACAACUGGAGUUAGAGGCACAAGAGGAGAAGUUAAGGCUAGAAGAGGAGGCUAGAAUUGCCGCCCAGCGUGAGGCCGCCAGGUUGGCGCGUCAACGAAACUUGAAGGAGCAGCUGCCUGCCCAGAGGACACGGGGGAAAGCAGAUGGCUCCGGCGGUGAAACUCAGCAAAGAAAGCAAAACGCUGGCGAGGAUUUUGACGUCUACCUCCAGAAUGUGAAAGCCCAGUCGGAUUCGUUCAGGGGCAACAGACUGCCGUCUGACACGAAUGUGGUGACCCCCAACACGGAGUGCAGCUGGGACUUCACCACCAAGACCCGCUCCACCAACGAUGACGGGACCUCCCUGGAUCUAGAGUGGGAAGACGAGGAAGGAAUCAAUCGUGCACUCCCAGCCUGGGAGAGGUCCCGGACGGAGGAGGACAUCCUGCGCGCAGCCCUGCGGCCCGCCGCCAAGCAGAUGAACAGCGGCCCGACCUCGGCCUCCGAGGACUCCAACGCACUGGAGUGGGAGAAUGAUUUUGUGAGUACCCUUCCAGAGGACAGUGUAAACACUGAAUUUGAGGGGUUUGUCAAUCCUGUCCUAGACACUCCCUCUGAGGACGCAUCGGACUGUGGCCUCAGGUUGGACAACCAGGACAGAUAGUGUCCAGCACCAAAGGAGACGUUUGUUGUGUCCGCUUCAUGUCAGAGCUCACCAGCUUUUUGCCUCAUGAAACUUAAAAUGUACCUACUUGCUCCUCAUAUUUUCUGUAAUAUGGGAGUCUGAUGCUGCGGGGAAUAUGUUGUGUAUGUUACUACAGUAAAACGUAGUGAUAUCUUUAUCAAAUACUCA